GAACACACUGGAGAAGGCGAGAAAAGAAGGCUUUUUUUUUUUUUUUUUUUUUUUCCACAAGGGGGGGGGGGUUUUCCUCGCAGUCUGAGCGCAAAGCUUCCUCGGCCGGGCGUUUUUCAUCAUGGUAUUGAGAAGUCGGACCCCACCUCUCUUUUUCGAAGCGCAAGCGGAGGCCACGGCAUAAGUCAUCAUAGGGACAGGUUUUUUUUCUCGGCUAUGAUUUCGGAUCGCAAGGCGGCAAUCGUUCUGUAGCGGAAAGCAGAACUUGAAUGCACCUGGACAAAAAAUUGUCCACAUGCAUUCAAAUGUGUUGCUCACUUGGCUCUCAAUCGAAUAAAAAAAGGGCAAGAGGAGUGCUUUGUCAGGUGUACCCACCUUCUGGUUUCUGGUGUAAGCGCAGCGUAAAGACACAACCUCCCAGCAGCGCGCUUGGACUGCGAGCUUGUCCUUUUUUUUUUUCCCCCUGACUGUUCACAAGGCAUUGAAGUUUGGUUGUUGAUGUAAACACUAUGUGUUGCAUCCAAGAAGUAAUAGACAUGGCUUACCAUACUACGUCACGUACAUUAGCGUGCACUGUUGCGACCAGAGCUGUGUCUGUACAGCCAUCUGGUUAUGAUGCAGGGAGGAUUGAGAAGGUGAGAGAGAGGGGAAGGGAAAGAGGAAGAGAGGGGGAGUGACAUAUGGAAUGGCCUGCAGGAUCCAGGGAGAGCCUUGGAUGUGGAAAACUCCAGCGCUUUGUCAGUGUUCUGGCAAUGGGUCCUGCAUGAAGAAGAAGAAGAAGAUGUGAGGCACACCAUUUCUCCGCACAGGAGGACAAAUUAUCUUCCAGUCCUGCUCAGCAAGUGUUGCCACUCCCCCCAUCGGUGUUGCCAAGGAGAUCCAAUGGUCUCAUUUAGGGGAUUGGGCUGACAUGUUCUGCACGCCAGGAGAAUGACAAAAAAAAGACGUUCAUGCAAGGCUUGAACGCAAGGUUUUGGAGAGUCACCAAGUUCCAAGGAGAAAUCGGGCUGAAUUUGGGACGGCCCGAGCUCGAUGACAACCCGCGGCGCUGGGCAGUGCAAGUUGCAAGUUGCGGGGAGUGGUUUUGCACAAGUACCAUCCUUCAUCCCCUGGUCAUAUCUCAAAACAAUCUCUGACGGAGCAUCAACGAAGCGAACUGCCCGCGAUUGCUCUUUGUGAGAAAAGGGUUGUGGCGCUGCUUCGUUCCAGAUGAUGCAGUUGUCCGCAGCGGCUCCAGGUGAUGCAGGUGCUUCCUUUGGGAAUGGAGAGUUGUUUCAUAGCAUUCACUUUCGCUUUCGGUUGACCCAGGCUUCAUUGGUGAGGGAAAGAAGUGCUUUGGUGUAGUAGCCAAGCAGGUUGCUCCUUUUGGCAUUGGGUAUGGAAAAGGAGUACAUGAGCUGGCGCUCAUUAAUUGUUACAGCUGAUUGCGAAUGCUUCAGAGAGGGCUGAUUAGCCAAUGUGAAAUGAAGCUGCCUCCUGUGGUGCUUACUUUGGAAGGAUUCCUGGUGUUAAUGAAUAGUAGGACAUGUAUGCUCUGGCAUUGUGCAUGAAAUGAAGAGGAGUGAACUCCGACUACGAAGUGCAAGAUUAGCUGGAACAUGCAGCCAGCAAGCACCCUGAUGAAAACCUGGCGGUGAGGAGGACCUGAAACAAAGCUGCCUGGCCUUGCUGUGCAAGUAAACUAUCAAUGGGCUGGCUUGAUGACAUGUAAGGAAAGGAGGUUCAGGAGUCGAUUUGCUGUUGAAAGGAAGAAGAGUAGGGACUCAGGAAAAGGAGGGUGUUUGUGGCUGUUCAUGCACGAGAUCGGUGCCUUUGACAAGCAACAGGAGGCAGCAAGAUGGUGUGGUGUGCGUAUUGCGGGAAGGACCAGCUGCCUGAGGUCGACGAGGCAAAUGGGUUCACAUGCUGCACUGGAUGUGGUAGGGUCAUCGAUGAUCACCAUUACUCGUCGGAUGUGACGUUUUUGAAAUCGGCGGAUGGAUCUAGUCAUGCAGAGGGGACGUUUGUGUCGCAUGGGUCAACGCCUCGGGCCAUCACGAGUGCGGGCCGGCAGCUGUUUGGAUACCAGGGAGAUUCGCAUGAAAAGACGCUCGGCAAAGGAAGGAACAAGAUUUACGAGAUUGCUGAACAACUGAAUGUGAGGCCGAGGGACGAUCUUGUCAAUGCGGGCCAUAGGCUGUAUACGAUUGCGGUGCAGCGUAACUUCACAAGAGGGCGGCGUGUCCCCCAAGUUGCAGCUGCUUGUCUCUACAUCGCUUGCCGUCAAGAAAACAAGCCUUUCCUGUUGAUCGACUUCUCUGACAUGCUUCAGAUCAACGUGUACGUCCUGGGUGCAGUUUUCCUGCAGCUUGCACAGUUGCUGCGGCUUGAUGAGCAUCCCAUCAUGCAGAAACCGACCGAUCCCAGUCUGUUCAUACACCGGUUUGCGGAUAAGCUUGACCUUGGGAAGAAAAUGCACGCAGUCGCGAACACAGCCCUGCGGCUGGUUGCCAGCAUGAAACGUGAUUGGAUGAACACUGGGCGGAAGCCAAGUGGAAUUUGCGGUGCAGCUCUCUGGAUUGCAGCACACGUGCAUGGCUUUGAACGGUCCAAGCGUGACGUGGUUUCUGUCGUUCAUGUGUGCGAGGUCACUCUGACAAGGCGCCUCAUCGAGUUUCAGAUGACUCCAUCAGGAGGGCUUACUGUCGAGGAGUUUGAGCAACGUGCGAAAGCGCUCGAGGCGCAAGGGAACAUUCUCUCCCCUCCACCCAAGCUUCACAAAGUUAGUACGAUGUCUUCCAUGUGUGGAGAUAAAACAAGUGCUGCACUUGGGGGUGAGCAGGAGGAGGUCGCCGAGGAGGAGGAGCGUGAGCUUCUGUGCGAGCACAAGGGCACAGGUGCCCCACAUUUCUCCCGGGGUCUUUGCCGCUCCUGCUACGAGGAGUUUGCGGCGGUAAGUGGCGGGCUCUGUGGUGGUGAGGAUCCUCCAGCCUUUCAGCGGGCGGAGAGAAAACGGCGAAAACAGGAGGCGGGCACAAAAGAUGAGGACGACGACACAGAUGACCCUGAAGCUGUGCACAUGGGGAAAGCUUCGAAAAGGAAGCCUGGAAAAAAACGAAAUCGGGAGGUUAGCUCUUGCGAGGAGGAUUCUGAUUACGAGGAAAUAUCUGUUUGCAAGAGUAAUGGCAGCAAGAAGCAGGCACAGGGAAAGGGCGGCAGAGGUAGGGGCAGGGCGAAGGGAAGGGAUGCAAGAGGGAGAGCCAGAGGUAGGGGUCAAACGAAGCAGCAACGUUCGUGUAGCGGAUCAGGCGAGAGUGAUGAAGACAGCUCACUCAUGGAAACAGCUGCCAAGGAAGGAAGCACAGGGAAAGGUAGACAUAGCCGGGGGAGGUCGAAAGGAAGAACCCGUCAGAAAAGGGCACAAGAGGUGUCCAGCACAUCCGAGGAAAUGGAUGACAAGGGGGAGGAAAGGAGAGGGAGAGGGAGAGGGAGAGGGAGACAAGGGGAGGAAGGGGAGGAAGGGAGAGGGAGAGGGAGAGGGAGACAAGGGGCUUCACAGACUGCAAGCAUGUCAGAAGAUAGUGACUGUGAUGACGGCCCAAAUGCCAACCGCAGUAGGAGUGGGCCUGAGCUGACACUAUCAGAACAACAUUUGGCCUCGACGUCACAGGCGCCUGGGCAAAUGGAGCUCGAACUCGAGCUUGAAGCAGCACUUUGUAGCAAUGAGAUGACUAAGUUUUUUGAAGCUGCCGAAGACGGGGGGAUAGAAGAGAUGCUGAAGGAACUCCAAGGAGCAGCAGACAGUUUUGAGGGUGGUGAUGAGGUCAUGGACGAGGAGCUCCUGCCGUCGGAAAUAACAGAUGCUCCCGGAACGGCAAUUGAAAACGGAAGUUACGAUUGCCUUGACGAAGCACGGAGUUUGAUCCUUCAGGGUGAACCUGACAACACCACAGAGUGUCGAUCCUUAAGGGCGAACCUGACGACACCUCAGAGCUUGAUUCUUCGGGGCGAACCUGACCACACCUUAGAGCAGGGGGGGAAGGAGAAAGCCCAGACGACUCCGUUGCUACUAGGUAAGAAUGGCGGAGAGGGAGAUGGGGAUGAGGUUGAGGAUGAGGAUGAGGAUGAGGAUGAUAGAUUCUCAGAUAUCGAUGAUGACGAAUUAGGAUUGUACAUAAACACAGAGGAAGAGGUAAAACUGAAAACUAUGGUGUGGACAGAACUGAAUAAAGAGUACUUGGAGGAAGAGGCAGUGAAGAAGGCUGCACUUGACAGACAUGAGGCAGCGCUCAAGGCCGCAGCAGAAGCAGCGGGUACAGAAAGCGUAGCAGCAUUGGCCGCAGCUGCUGCUCUGGAGGUCUUCAACAGGAAGAAGGAAAGGGGAAAGAAACCAAAAGUCGCAAAUGCAGCCAAGGCAUUGGGAAGGCCAGGCGAAACGGCUAUGGAGGCAGCGCAGCACAUGCUGGCGAGCAAGAGGUUGAGUUCUAAAGUAAAUUAUGAAGCUUUGGCUGAGCUUUUCGGUGAUGGCGAUAGUGCACCAGGCAUUGUUCCAGGCGCAAGUGAAGAACCAGGUCCACAUAGAGAUGAAGAGGGGAAUAAAAAGAGGCCAAGGACCAAGAAGAGAGUGAGUUUUGCAGAUGAGAUUGAAGUGAGGAAAGGUGAGAAUGAUGAUGAUGACGAGCAGAAGGACGAGGAGGAGGAGGAGGAGGAGGAGGAGGAGGAGGAGGAGAAGGGUGUUGCUCCCAGUGUAGUAGGCUUUCCGAAAGGUGAAGAGAAGGACGCUGCCGCUGCUCGUGACGGUGGUGAUGAUGAGAACGGUGCGGACGAUGAUUUGGACGAGGAGGAGGAGGAGGAGGAGGACGAAGGUCUACCUGAUGUCCAUAAGAGGGGAUUUCCUGACGAGGAUGACGAGAGUACUGCUUUCGGUUCAUCCCAGUACAGGUUGGCAUAUGAUCACGAUGAUUUCGACAAUGACCCUGGUGAUGCUGACUUUUUCUGAUUUGGGAGCACUGCCUGCCUUGGCAAAGAGAACUGAUGCCAGAUCUGUCAUUCCUGGAGAUCACAUCUCGAUUUUUUUUCACGUUCAGCGGUGAUGAUGCAUGCCAUUGCAUGGUACAAAAUCGUGGGGCGCGUGACAAUUCAAGCAAAACACAGGUCCAGGCAGAAAGUGCAUUGGAGGGAUGAGAAGUGAAGUGUGUGUGUGUGUGUGUGUGUGUGUGUGUGUGUGUGUGUGUGUGUGUGNGAGAGAGAGAGAGAGAGAGAGAGAGAGAGAGAGAGAGAGAGAGAGAGAGAGAGAGAGAGAGAGAGAGAGAGAGAGAGAGAGAGAGAUGAUAUGAUGUCAUUGGUCAUGCAGGGUAGAAACUGCGCAUGUCCACAGCUCAGUUUGAUCACCUUGUAGAAACGGGAAUCAUCUGUGCACAUUCCUGUGUAUACAAUGUACUCAGCAGAGGGGAGAAAGGUUGCAGAUUGGGAGACACAAAUAUGAAGGGGGGAAUGAGUUAGAAAAAACAAAAUGGAUGACUAGCUCAGUCGGAAAUUGGAAGGGAGGGAUGAGAGGGAGAGAGUAAGGAAUUCAGCGCCGUAGAGGAGCUGUUGUUAACGAUAAUGAGGGUGAUGAGAGCAGGUGUGGAGGGGAAGAGUCUCUCUGUUCAUUCAACUCGAAUGCAUACGGAAUAUUGCGGAUGUACUGUACUGUCUGUACACUUGCACCAACGCUUUUAACUGCUUCAUCCUCUGGCAGUAUGGAACAAACACAGGGGCCAUGG